AUGGCAAGAACUUUAAAUAUAAUUCAGACUUUGUUCUGCAUCAAAGAGGUCAUACUGGAGAGUAACCGUAUGCAUGUAAUGAAUGUGGCAAAAUCUUUGGUAGGAGCUCAAACCUUAUUAAGCACCAGAGACACUGGUGAGAAACCUUAUGAGUGUGAUGAAUGUGGGAAAGUGGUUAGUCAUGAUGCACAUCUUAUUCAGUCCCAGAGAAUUCACACUGGAAAGAAACCUCAUGCAUGUAAUGUGUAUGGUAAAGCAUUUAGUAAGAGCACAAAUCUUACUCCCCAUCAGAGAAUUCAUACUGAGGAAAAACCCAAUGAAUGUCAUGGACGUGGGAAAGCCUUCACUCAGAGCUCAAGUCUUAUAAAACAUCAGAUAAUUCACACUGGAGAAAAAAGAAUUCAUAGUGAAGACAGGCCCUAUCAGUGUAAUGAAUGUGGGAAAGCCUUCAGUUGGAGCUCACAACUUAUUCUCCAUCAAAGUAUUCAUACUGGAGAGAGACCCUUUGAAUGUAAUUACUGUUGGAAAGCCUAUAUUUAG